AUGAAUAAUAAAUCUUUAUGUGAAAUGGAUUCUUCAGACAUUGAUGAGAUAAUCAUUUUGUUAGAGCAAAGAGAGAAAGUAUAAUAAAAUAUACAAUUGAUUUAAAAAUAAAAUUCAAAUAAUCCUGCCUCACAAGAAAAUUAUUAUCAAACUAAUGAGCUCUCAUAGUCAAUAAGUGACCUUGAAAAUUAAAAAAAUAAUUUAGAAUAAAAGGUUUUUAAUGAACUGCUAAAAAUUUCAAAAUUUCAAAACUAUUUUUUAGAUGGCUACAGCACAUAAUUUCGCUAAUGUAUGAAUUACAUUGAGUAUUAGAAGCUGAAUAUUCAUUAAAAAUUAUUCACUCAAGACAGCAAUCCAGAUUACUUUUAUAUAAUUUUGAAGGGGCAAAUAGGUCUUUUUUCAAGCUAACAGCUAUAUAAUGAAUAAGAUGGGUAUUAGUAUCAAGGCAAAACUUUAAUUAAAAUAAGCAAACUACUAAAAUAAAAUUAAAAUGAUAGCAGUUAAUGCAAUAAAAGUGAUGCUACUCCAAAAUAGAAAACAGGAGAUAUUAAUAUAAAAUAAAAAAAUAAUAAUAAUAUUGAUGGUUAGUAUUACCUACUUAAAACAUUAUGUUAAGGCAUGCAGUUUGGUGAAAUUAGUAUUCUUAUGGAGUAAAAUAGAACAUCUACAGCAAUCGCUUUAGAAGAUGAAACUAUACUUUUAAAAUUAAACUGUUAAAAAUUCUUGUAGAUAUUAAAAAUAAGAGAGGAAUCAAAGCUAUUUGCAAGCUUGAGCUGCAUAAAAGAAAGUAGCUCAAUAAACUUUUUAUCUUUUAAUGCCCUAAAAGAUAUAUUUAUUAAGUCGUAUUUUGUAAGAUUUCAAAGAGAUUAAUAUGUUUGCAUGUAAAAUUAAUAUCCUAAGGCAGCAUUCUUGAUAUAAUCAGGUGAAUUCUCUCUUUGGUCUUAUACAAAUUUAAACUCAAAUAAAGCUCCUCCUUCAAAAGAGCCAUACUAAACAACUCUUCCUAAAUACCAUAUCAAGCAGGAUAUUAAGAUGUCAUUACUUGGUGUUAAAGAAAUAUUUGGAGAUAUUGAAAUACUUUCAGAUGAAAAUUACUAAUACUCUUUAAAAUGUGAGAGUGAAGGAGAUAUUCUUAUUAUACCAAGAGAGAUUUAUGAGGCUAAAGUGAAGCAAAAUGAACUUCUUAUUGACAUUAUAAAGAACAAGUCUUCAAAAAUUAAUUAAAAAAGAUUACAAUUAUAUAAAAAAUUUAACUAGAAUUUAGAGGUAUUUAGACAUUUUAUGUAUGAUGCUGAUGACACAGAUGAGGAAGACUCAGGAAAGAUCGGUUACAACAAAGGCUAUGAUGUAUUCGUAAAGUCAAAAUUUUUUAAGAAAUUGCUCUAAUAGGAAAAUGGACUAAAAGGGAGCAGUAAAAAUAAAAAAGAUGAAUAAACCCAACAGAUAGAUUAGCUUUCUUUUAAAAUGUAGUAAGCAGAUAAAAAUCAAAUGAAAGAAUUGUUAUUUCUAGAAAAUAUCAACUGCUAUGAAUUAAAUAAUUAAGAUAAAAAAAAUUUUUACUUUACUUACAAGGGAUCUUCUAACUAGCCAUCCUCAUUAAAUUCCUCUAAUAACUUUACCAAUUAGCAACAAUAGAUUUUUAAAAAUAAAAAAAGUGAAAAAGGAAAUGGAAAUAAGAAAUCUUUUGAAUUAUUAUUCUAAACAAAUUAUCCUAAUUAAAUUGAAAGAGCUUUUAAUUCUACUAAAAAUAAUUUAGUUUCAGAACAGAAUAGUUCAAUACAAAGAAAUUCAAAUAGUCUAAACUCAUAACAAAUUUCUUAAUUUGAAGAUUCCUCAAAUGUGAGAAAUAUAUUUUAUAGAAAUCGUUAACAAAGAUCUUCAAGCAGGAAUUAAGAAUAAAGGACAGGAUAAGGAUUCUAUUCAAUUUAAGAUGACUAUGACAGCAAAAUAGCUCAAAUAUCUAAAUAGAAUGUUUGUUACUCUCUAGAAUAAGGUGUAAAGGCUCAAGAAGAUAGUGAUUGUUAGAGUUAUUCACCAACUCAUUCAGUUGGGUUCAGUCGAUAAAUGCAGGGAGAGUUAAUAAGUUAGCUUUCUUAAAGAAUUUGCAAAAACGACCUAAAUGAAAAUUAAACUAAAAAUACUAAUGAAAAAUAGCAAAGACUAUCAAGCAGAGAUCAAAGAAAAAUAAUAAAAAAGCUGUAAAAAUAAAACAAAGACCUUUUUAAGAUGAAAAUAGAUCCAAAGUUAAGAUAAAAAUUGAUUGGUUAUGAAAAAAAAAAAAAUUUUAUUGAAGACUAUAGAGAAUAAAAUCUAUAAAUCAAAAGAAACUCUUUACAUGCUAACUAAAUACUAAAACAACUUAAUUAUUAGCAAGACUAAUUAUAAGAAUUUAUUAAAAUAAAUUAACUUGAAAACUAAGAAAACUAAUAAAAUGUUAAUAUAUUAAAAAUCAACAAUUAGCAAACUAACAGUUAAAGAAGUAAGAAUAAAUCUAUGCCUCAUACUCCUCUUCCUGGUUAGCAUAAUAACACAUUCAUUUAGAUUCAUAGAAAAAAUAUUCCUAAAUAAAGACCUAACACUUUUAUGGCUUAACAACACAUGUAAUAGGAUAAAUAAUUUCUUAUUGCAAGAAUAGAAGAUUCUUCUUCUGUUUAAACUCCGCUUACUGCUCCAAGUAGUAAACUAGGAGUGCAUAGAAUAGGAUCACCUAGUAAAAUUUAAAAUGACUAAUUUUAAUUACUUGUAAAAUAAAAGCCAAAAACUGCUAUCCCAGCAACUUCAAGACAUACAACAAAUUUAGUCCAGUAAAAUAAAAGUAAUUUAAAUAGGGAAAGUAACAGCUCUUUUACGUCUCACUAUACAGCAAAUUCUGAAAUAGAUGGAUUCGAUAAAUCUCAACUUAGCUUUGAAUAAAACGGUUAUGAUAUCAACCAGUAUAGGUAGGACAGAAUAAAAUCGUAAUCAUUUUCUCUAAAUAUCAUGAACUCUCUUGAACUAGGUAUUUAACCCAACACUCCUUUAAAUAGCAAUAGAAUUGUUAAAAAUAAUAUGGAUAGCCACUUUAUUUAAAGAAGAUAAACUUUUAAUUGUAUCACAAACACAGUAAAAGAAAAUCAAUAACAAGUAUAAUAAUAAUAACAGUAGUAAAAAUAGUAAUAGCAAUAAUAGUAAAUGGUUCCUACAAGACCACCGACUGGGAGAUAAAAGCUAUCCUCAAAAGAAGGAAGAUCCCAAAAUAAUAAUCAUAUUAACUAAAAUUCAUAAAUAAGCAAAAAUAGCUUAAAUAAUUUUUUUGAAGACAAAAAAGAAUUAAUACCAUAGGCACUGGUUGGAAAUUAAAUUUAAUUAUAAAAAAAGCAAAAUAGAAAUUCUUCAAGAUAAGGCCCAAUAUUGCGAGAUGAUUUUUUAGUUAAUAAUAAUGUUUAAAACUAAAAUACUUUGAAACAUUUUUAAAUUUAAAAUUCAGAUCAGGAAACUCGAGAAUAAAUAAUUGAAGACAAUUUGAAUAAUAAAAUUUUAAAUUUAUAAGCUUCUCCUGCUUAAAGCUUUUUUGUUGGUAAUAAACUUAAUAUUACAUAUUAAAAACAAAAAGAAAUCAGUAGAGAGGGUUCCAACGAACAUCAAAUUUAGGUUGAAUAGCAAUAGAAAAAUAAUAGCCAAAGAAGAUAUAUAUCAUUUGACUUUCGUCCUCCAGCUUAAAUUAGAUAGCAAUACUGA